AUGGUUGUUGUGAACCUGUUUCUGAUAUGCCUUUCGAUAGCGUGCCUCAUAUUUCUGCUCCGACUGUUCCUCCACCGGACCGCCUUGAUAUUCGCCGUCCGAAAAUGGGCCGAUUGGGUCGACGACCGAGUCCACGUCCACCAGCACUUUAGGGUCCCCGAGUUAGCCGAUUCCACCCGGCGGCCCAACCUGUUCUACCGCCGAGUCUCCCUCUACCUCAACUCCCUCCCUUCCCUCGAGGACUCCGACUUCGCCAACCUCUUCUCCGGGAACAACGCCAACGACAUCGUCCUCGCCCUCGACCACGACCGCCCCAUCCAUGACCUCUUCCUCGGCGCCCGGGUCUCCUGGGUCAACCAGACCCAGACUGACGACCGGGGCCGGGUCGUGACCCGGAGUUUCGUGCUCCGGAUUAAGAAGAGGGACAAGCGGAGGAUCCUGAGGCCCUACCUUCAGCACAUACACGCCGUCUCCGACGAUAUCGAGCAGCGGGGGAGGGAAUUGAGGGUCUACAGCAACGCCGGCGGCGGAAAUUGGACCUCGGCGCCGUUCAACCACCCGUCCGAUUUCGAUACGUUGGUGAUGAAUACGGAUGUGAAGGCCAAAAUCCGGGCCGAUCUGGAGACGUUCCUCAAAUCGAAGCAGUAUUACCACAAAUUGGGGCGGGUGUGGCGGCGGAGCUAUCUCCUCUACGGCCCCUCCGGCACGGGAAAGUCCAGCUUCGUCGCCGCCGCCGCGAAUCUGCUCGGCUAUGACGUCUACAACUUCAAUCUGUCUCAGGUCGCCGACGAAUCGGAUCUGAACGCGCUCCUCCUGGGUACCACGUCCAGGUCUCUGAUCGUCGUGGAGGAUCUGGAUCGGUACGUGUCCGCGGGGAAAUCGACGGGGGCGGCGGGCAUCACGCCGUCUGGCCUACUGAAUUUCAUGGACGGGCUGUUGAACGUGCAGGAUGAGAGGGUUAUGAUUUUCACGAUGAGCGACAAGGACGGGGUCGACCCGGACCUGCUCCGUCCAGGUCGGGUCGAUAUGCACAUCCAUUUCCCCAAUUGCGAUUUCAAUUCGUUCAGGAACCUGGCGACCAACUAUUUGGGGGUGAAGGAGCACAAGCUGUUCUCGCAGGUGGAGGAGAUUUUCCAGACCGGCGCCACCAUGAGCCCGGCGGAGAUAAGCGAGCUGAUGUUGGUGAACCGGAGCUCCCCCAGCCGGGCGCUGAAGUCGGUGAUCUCCGCCCUGCAGUCGAACGGAAGGACCGCCGCGCGGCCGAGCGACGGGUCGUCGACGGCUCCGCCGCCACCUUCGACGUCAGAGGACGGCGGUUCCGGCGCGUGGAAGGACGCGGUGAUGCCGAAGGAGAUUCGUAAGCUGUAUGGGAUGUUGAGGAUGAAGAGCUGCAAGAGAGCUGAGCCGUUCGAUCAUGAUUCGGAUAUCAUUCAACGGUGA